GGAAAAUAGCAGCAAGAGAAGAAACACUGAGAGAGAAGAGAAGAGCUCUCUACCCAUUUUUUUGUUUCCUUUGAUCGAUAUCAAUGUCGAGAAGACGAAGUAAUCGAGUUACGAAUAGUAAAUUCGUCACGAGUCCUGGACGUGUUACUAUUAUUGAUGAUUGUGAGGAAGAUGAGUAUUUACACCACAGGUCGUGUUGGAAGCAUAUUGCUGUCUUGAACAAGCGUGUUUCUAAACCAAAGCGAGCCAAGGAGUUAGAGAUAUUGAAAUUGACUGCACCUUGUUUCUAUGACGAAUGCACACGCCGUGGGAGGUCUAAACGAAGGAUCAAGUGCAAGUAUUUAGCUUCCAAGCUACGGAAAAAACUCAAUUCCAAAGCAUUUGUAGCUUACCUAGAGGAUGUAUGUAGGAGCUUCUCGGAUGAGAAAAAGAACUCUUUUGUCUACUUAGAUUGUUUAUGGUUCAGUAUGUACAAAAGCGAAAACCAAAAUAUUCGAAGCAGUGUUUUUGAUUCCAUCAAGACAAAGCAGAUCUUCUCUAAGAAAUAUGUUUUUCUUCCUAUUGUCUACUGGAGCCAUUGGACUUUGUUGAUCUUUUGCAAUUUUGGGGAGGAUCUUGAUUCUGAUAACACAUGCAUGUUGUUUCUUGAUUCGCUACAAACAACCGACUCUUCACAGCGGCUUGAACCAGAUAUAAGAAAGUUUGUGUUGGACAUGUAUAGAACCGAAGGAAGAACUGAAGACCAAAGAUUGGUUGAUGAAAUCCCGCUCCAUGUGCCAGUGGUUCCGCAGCAGACAAAUGAUGUGGAAUGUGGGAGCUUUGUCCUCUACUACAUCCAGCGGUUCAUAGAAGAUGCCCCUGAGAAAUUCAGCGUUGAUGAUAUGCCAUAUUUUAUGAAAGAGGAUUGGUUUAGCCAUAAAGACUUGGAAGAGUUCUGUGACAAGCUUGAUUCUUUAGGAACCAUUCAUUGACUGAAGAGAUAAUUUCUAAUGGCUUUAACACAUCAGCAUAGCGCAGAAGAUUAGGUCCAGCUUUGAAUAUGAGAAGAUGAAUUUGGAAAGAUUCAAAAGAGUACAGAGAUUCUGAAUAAGUUACCAGUUGGUAUGGAAUCUCAAACUUCAUCAGGAGGAAUCUAAGAGUUUUUUUCUUCUAUGCGUGUUCUUUGAUACAUCUAUCAAACUGUUGUUAUGCUUUUUUCCGGGGGCUUCCUGUUGUUAAUCUUGUUUAGCGGCAACCAAUUAAUAUCUUUUGCAUCAUUGAUUAGUUCAGAUAUAUAAAUGGAAAAAUUCUGAACCUUAGGAAGAUGAAAGUAUCUAUUUUUAGCAUCUGUAAUUCGUAUCUAAAGUUGAAACAGUG